UGGACAUGAAGAUCAAAGACCAGAAGAAUCAAAAUCUGCAAUGGAAAAGAACUGCCAUGAACAGUCCUUGGCAGCCAACAUCGAGUAUUCCAUGGGCUUACCAGAGGCUCGUGCACUGGCAUUGACCUGUGAACUUUGUCAACAUCGAAUGCAGACAGUAGCUGAUCUCCUCCUACUUACAAGUGAUACAAGACCAGUAAGAACAGCUAGUCUGUCAGUAUUUGGAGAGAGCGUAGCUCGAUGUCGAGAGACAGUUGCAUCUCGAACCAGAGGUCUUACUGUUCUCCUUCGCGACUUGGCAGCUCUAAUUCAUCGAGACACAGCCACAGGUAUCCAAGAGAUCCGGGUGUGCAUUGAGGAGAUCUGUGACCUGGUGGUGUCACUGACAGAGUGCUGUGCACAUGCAGGCUACCUAUUAGCUGUGCUUCAGGAUGGUAGCUGCCCAGAGAUUCCUGGACCAGUUGAUCGAUAUCAACUCUGCAGAGCUGCAGCUGAAACUGAACACAAGACAGGCCUAUUGAAGACCUACCGACUACGUACUGUCACUGCUCUGCAACUUACAGAUAUCUGCAUUAGUGUAACAGAAGGAGCAAAUGUGCUGACAGAUGUAUGCCUGAAGGCUGCAGAUGAGGCUCCAGAAGACAACUUACAAGAGCAAUUCCGUCUGUGUCUUAAGAGUGUUGCAGCAGCUGUCAAUACAUUCUGUGGCAGUAUUAAAUUUCUCAAAGACAGACCAACAGAAACCAACUACAGAGCUUGCCAGGUAUUCGGUGAAGCCCUGACAACUGCAUGUAACGCACUGGCUGUGUUUGCAACGCAAGAUUCCUCACUAACAGGAACAGGAGCUAAACUGAGUCAGACAGGACGUGAUACUCUGCAUGCAGUACUGAGUGCAUGUAUGGGAGUCGUGUCUCCUUGUGUACUUGUAUGUGCUGUUGUCCAUGAUCUUGCAACAGUCAUUUCAUCAGGAAGUUAUAAGGGAGAUGGGAAGGAAGAGAAGGCUGUGAUGAGAGUGCAGCAGUGUCAAGCAGCUGUUGUUCGCAGCGCCAGCAAACUGGGACAAGCCCUAGGGAAUGGUACUGACCAGAGAUAAAGAAAUCAUUAAACAACUGAA